CGUAAUGUAAAGUUUAUUUGUGAACCGAUGGAGUAUAAAGUCAACGAGUACCAUUCAAUUUUGAAUUUUCACCGGCAAGCUGGUUCAACUCCACUCUCUUAUAAUGACAACAAGAGAGUGACUGACUCAGUCAAGGGGAGUAACACGAUAAGGCAUCGUCUUCUUCUUCUUCUUCUCCAUUCCCAUUCCCAAUUUUCCCUGCUCAACACCUCAAACCACUGAAAUUAAUCCAUCUUUAACCAAAAAAGGGGGAAAGAAUAAGAUAGAAUUAUGCACCUUCCAAGCGUGUUCUGUUUGUUCUUCCUCGCCGCCAUGUUUGCCGGGGUUUCUUCCCAGCCUCUCGGAAAUUACUGUCCAAACAGCACGAUUUACGCCCCAAACAGCACUUACCGGUCCAACCUCAACUCCCUCCUCUCCGCUCUGGCCUCCAACGCCACCCGUCAAAACGGAUUCUACAACUCCACCUUUGGCCGCGGAGUCUCCGCCGCCUACGGCCUGUUCAUGUGCCGCGGCGACGUCUCCGUCUCCGACUGCCGGGCCUGCGUGCUCGACGCCGGCGAGCAGAUCCUGAAGGCGUGCCCGGUCCAAACGGACGCCGUCAUCUGGUACGACAAUUGUAUGUUGCGUUACUCCAAAGCGUCGAUGUUCGGAAGGUCCGACGCGUCGAUCGUGCUGAUCAUGCGCAACACGCAGAACGAUUCGCAGCCGGCGAGGUUCAUGGAUUCGGUCGGGAACACGCUGAACGCGGUGGCUGUUGCGGCGGCGGCGGGAGACGGAUCCGGCCGGAAAUUUGCGACUCUGAAGGCGAAUUUCUCUGCGUUCGAGAAGAUCUACGCUCUGGGCCAGUGCACGCCGGAUCUAUCCGAAUUGGACUGCCGGAGCUGCCUGACGAGCGGAAUCGGCCAGCUGCCGGGGUGUUGUUACUCGGCAAAGGGUGCCAGAACCGUCUACCCGAGCUGCAAUGUUAGGUAUGAGGUGUACCCUUUCUACGAUAAUAGUAAAGCUCUCGGAAAUUACUGUCCCGACAACAAAAUUUACGCUCCAAACAGCACUUACCGAUCCAACCUCAACUCCCUCCUCUCUGCUCUCGCCUCCAACGCCACCCGCCCGAGCGGAUUCUACAACUCCACCGUCGGCGGCGGAGACUCCGCCGCCUACGGCCUGUUCAUGUGCCGCGGCGAUGUCUCCGUCCCCGACUGCCAUGCCUGCGUGAUCGACGCCGGCGAACAGAUACUGAAGGCGUGCCCCGCCCAAACGGACGCCGUCAUCUGGUACAACAAUUGUAUGUUGCGUUACUCCAACGCGUCGAUGUUCGGAAGGGCCGACACGUCCUUCAAGCUGAAUCUGCACAAUACUCAGAACGAUACGCAGAACUCUUUGCAGCCGAGGAGGUUCACGGUUUCCUUGGAAAGCACGCUGUACCGGAUGGCAGAUAUUGCGGCGGCGGGAGACGGAUCCGGAAGGAAAUUCGCGGUUCAGGAGGCUAAUAUCUCGGCGUUCGAGAAGAUCUACACUCUGGGCCAGUGCACGCCGGAUCUCUCAAAAUCGGAUUGCCUGAGCUGCCUGACUAAGGGAAUCAGCAUGUUAGGUACGGCGUGUUGUUACUCGUCAUUAGGUGAUAGAAGCGUCUUUCCGAGUUGCAUUGUUAGGUACGAUGUGUACCCUUUCUACGCCUCAACACCGCCGCCGCCUCCGUCCCUUAUACUAGUUCAAGAUGGGGCGGCAAGAGACCAUCCCUGCCCGCUCGAGGAUAUCAUGUGUGAACUGAGUCUGGUGGAGGAAGAGGCCGGUGGUUGUGCGCUGGACAUUGAUCCCAAGAAAGAAGUGCAGGUCACCCAUGUCUGUCAUGGAGAAUUCGGCCUUAAGCUGCUGAAUGAGGCUCUAAAGCAGUGUCGGGGAGGAUGCCCCAAGGAAGAUGUAGCGGGUAGAGCGUGGUACAAGUUUAUGGGGAGUGGUGGCGGAGAUGUUGGGGUAAUAGAGACAUCUAAACACGCGAAGGUGGGAGUAGUGGGGGGUGAGUUGUAGAGAACAGAGUGAGGAGUUUGAUUGUUUAAAGUGGUGGCGGGGAGGAUGUUGAAAAGGUGGGCCGCCAUGUAGAGGGCUACGAGCCAGAAUUCCGGGGGAAGUCGGGCUUGGAAGAGGAGUGAGCAGACAGUGUUAUUGAUCGUGCGAAUGGUUCGUUCGGCACGUCCGUUUUGUUGACUGGUGUGAGGGCAAGAGAAGCGGAAAAUAAUGUCUAAAGAGUUAA